GCUGUGCUUCUGACUUGGUAUUUCUCCUCAUCAGCACUUAUUUUCAUGUAAACCUAAUCUUUUUGUGUUUUGAAGGCAAAGAGCUGUGAGAGAAACAAUGGGCAGGGGCAAGAUUGAGAUAAAAAAAAUUGAAAAUACAACAAACAGGCAGGUAACAUUUUCCAAGAGAAGAUCAGGGCUCUUCAAGAAAGCAAAGGAGAUAUCAAUUUUAUGUGCAGCAGAUGUUGCUGUUAUAGUCUUCAAUAAUACUGGAAGGCUUUUUGAUUUUGCAAGCUCAAGCAUGAAAAGAAUUUUGGAGAGAUACAGGAAUGCCUCUGGAGGAAUAGCUUGGAACAAUGAAUAUAAGCAAAUGCUUUCUCAAUUUAGAAAUCUGAGGGAAGAAAAUGAGGAGCUGCGAAAGGAACUGAGUUGUGUGACGGGUGAAGAUGUGGAGACAUUUACACCAAAACAAUUGGGCUAUCUUGAAGAAAAUCUUGUGCUUGCAGCAAAGAAAGUUCGAGAGAGAAAGAUAGAAGUCUUAAAAUAUGAACGCCGAAAGACAGAAAGCAAGGUAAUUGGGUUGCAGCAGAAGUGCUCUAUUCUCAAGGAAUGGCUUACAAAUCCGGAAAAUGGUAAAGAAAAUGAUCUAAACGAUUGUAACUGGGAGGGGCAAACUCUUCCACCUGCAUUUCGUGUACAACCAAGCCAGCGGAACCUGCAACGCAGCGGAUAUUGAAACCCUAACCCUAGAGAUUAGGGUUUCUGCUCCACUAUCUGUUUCUCUAUAGAUUUGUAAGUUAUUUACCUGCAUUUACGAUGGUGUUGCUCCAUGGACGAAAGCAUAUAUUUUUAUACCUUAAAUAGAUUGCCAGAAAAACUAUGAGUAAAAACCCUAAAAUCAACAAUGUAAAGGUUAAUCUAAAAAAAUAUUGAACUGUUUGAUAUAAAUAAUAGUUUUAAGAGCUUGACAGCGUGUUUUCUUCUC